AUGCCCUCCUUUUUCAAGAGGUCCUCCAAGGCCAAGGAGAAGGAGGCUGAGGAAGAAAAGGCUAAGGCAGGCCGCCCAGCAACACCUCCUCCGGCCUACGGCACCGCACCGGACGAGCCUCCGCCCUUCGAGGAUCAGCCACCACCAUUCGAAGCAAACGGCGGGCCCAAUGGGAAGAGGCGGCACACCGACCAGGAUGUCGCCAAUCUUACCAGCGCCUUCAACUCACUACGGCUAGGCACCCAGAGAGAUCCGGACGUGGACUCCUGCCUCGCGCACCUGAAGCUUCUUUAUGCCAUUGAGACGCUGAAGGAGGAUGUCGGGUACAGCGAUGGUCUAUGGGACUUGUGGGAUUCGCGAGCCGGCCCUAGGGAUGGCGAUGAAGGCUCCAGCAAGGGAGGUGAGGAGCGAGUGAAGGAAGUGCUGUCAGCGCUGCGCGAAAAGAGGUGGGCGGUCUAUCUGGCGCGGGCGGCGGAUCGGUAUCAGACUUGGUGGAAGACGCUCUCGGGAGGUCGCUUGCGUGAAGCAGAGAUGAAGGAUUUCGAGACGUGUUCCGACAAGUACUUGAACUUUCCUGACGGGGGCGAGGACUUUCCCUGGACAGUGAAUAAUCUUCCACCACUAGAUGUCCUGAUAAUGUUCCAUGCGCACAUGCUGAAUCCCAGAGCGUUUCUGGAGGACACUAUGCGCUGGAAUCUCCGCGAUUUCUGGACGACGGGAAUGCCGUGGGCCCAGGUCAAUCAAGUCAUUGACUCCAAGUUCAACUACGAGGUUUCCGAUGUGGCCAAGUCGAACUGGGAAAAGGCAACAGGGCGAGCGUGGAACAACCUCGACGAACCACUGGACAAGGAAAUCGAAUGCCCUGCAUGCAAACAGAUUACUCUUGUGCCUUGGAGCACUUGCGGCUUACCAGAGAUGUACAAGGGUCAAGAGCGGCCAGGUUUGGUUGGAAAAGGAUACGGCGAUGGCGACUUCUCUCAACUAUGCACAGCAGGCUGCAAUACCGUCAUCACGCAUCGUCUACUCUGCGUUGCCAAGAUGAUCAAUGACGCGGAGCUCUAUCUCAACGAAGGUGUAACUCUCCCGAGCACCAUCCUAGACCCAAAGGUCGGCAUGCCAGUGGCUACCGAGGCAAAGCUCAAGGAUGUCACGUACCCCAACAGACUGAUUGGGCAAGGGAUUUCCGCGCAGCUGCUACGUCUCAUCAGUCCCGGUCAAGCAAAGACGCCGACGAUGAAGGAUGUACGAGACCUGGUCUCUGCUGCACUGGCUGAUGACGACGCCUUUGCGAGAAUACAAGGGACAAGACCAGCCCCUUAUGACAAGAGAGACGGGUCAGGCGGGAGAGUAAUCACACGAACGGAACGCUUUCAGAGCCGCAAGAUGAUGUCGAGGUACUGGGAAAAUGCGUCCAUCUUCGCGCUCGACCUUGUUGGAGCGACGAUGCGACAGGGGGUGUUUAUUGGCAAGAUGUUCAACAUCGACUGGCUACACAGCCCCAGUGCGAGAGGUACCAUGGAUCGGCUUCUUCAGAAGUACCAACGCUUCAUGCUCAUCAUGACCGAGUAUCCCAUGUCUUUUACGGUACCUACGCUGGAUGUGGACCUUGCCUGGCAUACUCACCAGUUGGCCCCGAGAGCGUACUACAAGUUUUCAACAUACAACACCGCCAUGAGUACCAGCAAGGAGGCCAAGUUCAUUGACCAUAAUGACAAGAUCGACGAAGACCAGCUGUCCAACUCGUUCGAGUUGACUAGCAAGACUUACUUGGAGAAGUUCAACGAGGUCUACUCGGAAUGCACAUGCUGGCACUGCGAAGCUGUACGCGCAAAGAUCACAAUCGACAGCUCCUCCGUCUUUGGCAAAAGCAAGCCGCAAAAAGCCAUCGACAGUUUCGACAAAGCAACAGCCUCGCAGGUCUGCACCCCAUCCAACUCGGUCCACAUCUCUGCCCACAACUCCGUUCGCACAGACGGAUCCGCUACUCACAACAUAGCGCAUCGCCAGCUCCGCGCAGCUUGGAGGAUGCGUCUCGACGACGCCUACGAGCGAGCAAAGAAGCGCGCAGCAAAGCGAGGAAGGACGCUGCCACCGAAAGAGGAGUUCUACAACAACUGGGGCAAGACGCACCAUAGAGAUAGUCCCUACAACUAUCCCGCGUACCUCAUUGGAGGGGUCUAUCCUGCUGGGAACCCUGGUGUCCUUCAUGGGUCUUGGGCCGACUGCGCUCAGGGACUAUGCGGCUCGAACGAUAUCGCUGCUGGGGGAUGUGGCGGCCCUGGUGGUUGUACCAAUAUGGCUGGGUACUGGUCUGGAGCAAGUCGCCAACUCGGCGGCUGCGCUCCUGGAGCGGGAAUAGUGGGCAUAGGUUCGGGUGGAGGAUGCGGCGGUGGUGGUGGUGGAUGUGGUGGUGGCGGCGGUUAA